AUGUUUUCCGUUUACCUUUCCCUCCGCCGUUUAGGCCACUCUGGAAUCAAUCAGUUAGGCGGGCUGUUUGUGAACGGUCGUCCUCUGCCCGAGUCAACGCGUCAGCGGAUCGUGGAGCUGGCACAGGGUGGAGCUCGGCCCUGUGACAUCUCACGCCUUCUACAAGUCUCCAACGGGUGCGUGUCAAAGAUCCUCUGCCGCUUCCAUGAGACUGGAUCCAUCCGACCCAAGGCCAUCGGAGGCAGCAAGCCACGGGUGGCUACCAAUGCGGUGAUUCUCAAAAUUGCCGCCUACAAACGCGCCUGCCCUUCCAUCUUCGCGUGGGAGAUACGCGAACGCCUCCUCGAGGAGGGAGCCUGCUCUCAGACCAACCUCCCUAGUGUCUCAUCAAUCAAUCGGGUGUUGCGAAACCUCUCUGCGGAGACCAAGAAUUCAUCACCUGAGUACAACCUACAACAACAAGACAGGCCGAGCACUAUUCUAGCCAACUCGACUCUAACGAUGACUUCAGCACCUUGUGGAGGCAUGAAUCUAGAUUCUCUUGGAUACCUUCAAGAGCAUCGACAGUCGUGUACAACGUGGACGGACUCCUGGUCCAUGCCAAGGUUGGGUAUCUACUACAGUGGCCAUGACAACGCUAGUGGCGAAUUUGGAGGGUGGCAGCUACAAUGGCCUGAGCUGGCAGCAGCUAAGUGGAUCUCUAAGUCUGAACCCUCCUCGAUCCUCUGGUCUUCCGACAGUUUUACACAUUCGUCGCGCUUCUGCGAUCAUAAUUGUGAGAUCGAGGGGUCGCAGCAUCAGGAGGUCUUCUUUCAGGAGGAGGGAUCAGCUACCAGUUUGUGCUCGCCUGAAACUCGCAUACAGCUUUGGCUCUCCAACCGGAAUAACAAGUGGUCUGCUCCAUUUGCUUCCCCACCCGAAACAAUCACAUCACUAUUUGGUGAGCAUUGA